AAAUUGCGCUUUAUUGCCGCACAACAUGGCCAUUGGAAAGACUAACCUAUUUUCAGGUCGUCUACUACGCCCUUUUGUUGGCGACAACAAACUACUCAAUACUGUUUUCCAGCCCAAUUAUUAGCAAAGCAACCCACCAAGACGAACCGUGCAAAGGCGCUUAAAUAGCCACCAAGAUGGACAGCUCGAUUCCCUAUGACCACCCGCUCUCCCACCCCCCUCACCACGAACACACAUCCCAAUACACGCCGCCGGCCACCACGCCCGAGCUAAUCUACCCGCUCAGCUUCCAGCUCGGCAACCCUUCAUUGCAAACCGCACAAGGCCAGGAAAUGUCGUCAGACGUCGCAGCCAGCCUUAUCUUCGGAGACCUCCGGGACUCGUACGAUCGGCAGCAGGCACGCGUGGACAUUUUGCGCGUGGCUACAGAGAACCUCGAGGCGCAGUUUCUGGGCUCGGUGCGCGAUCGCACAACCAAGCCGAAUAGCAAGAUCACCGAUGAGGAGAGACGGUGCCAUGAGGAGCUGAGACGCACGCUCAACAGGACCAGGACUGCAGCUGGCCGAUGAGGUCAAGGUUUUGCAAUGGCUCAGAAGGCGCCACAACAUGGCAGUCAUUGGGCGCAAGGCGCGCAGCCGCUACCUGAUCUACUAGGCACCACGCCCUCUGCCCACGGGCUAGAUCCGGAAGGGCAGAUCAGGAUCAAAAUUUUUGUUUUUUUUCGUCCUUCAGAGCCAGCGCGGCUGACUCUGAGACGAACCACAGAC